AGUUAAAGUAGUACGCAAUUGUGGAGCGACCCUGUGGGCUAAACAUGCUGUACAUGACAACCAUUGCUCCCACCAUCCCGUAAACUCUGGAAUAUUCUAGAGAUUACGAGCUGACAGCAUUGAAAUAUUAUAGGGCAGUAGCUGUCAUAGGAAGUUUUCGAAGUUUACACAGACACCAGAGAGAAGAAGUAAACCGUCGACUUAAGUUUCGUGAUGGCUGAAGGCGGUGACAGACGCAGACAUCCUCAGAACCUCCAGGGUGUUUUGCGGUUGGCAGUCGAGGCUGGCUCUGCCUCGGAGGGUCCCGCACCCAAUGAGCCCAUGUCUGAGGAGAGACAAAUAUGGUUGAGACAAGCUCUGUCAGAGGUGUGCAAAGGACAGAUGGAUGAGGUGGAGCAGAUGAAAGAGUGUCUGAAAGUCCUUCGGUCAGUUGGGAACCGGGAGAGAGAGAGAGAUGGAGAGGACGUUGAGGAAGAUGAAGAAGAACAGAAAGAAUCUGCUAUGGAGCUGCUGUCAGAACUGUGUGAAAAUCUGGAUAAUGCACGAGACCUGAUGAAGCUGGGAGGCAUGGAUCUGUGUGUAUCCUCCUUACUGUGCCACCCCCAGAGUGGCGUGCGCUGGCAUGCUGCUCAGCUCAUCGCUACCUGUGCCCAGAACAUGCCCGAGGUGCAGUGCCACCUCCUCAGCCUGGGGGCGCUAAAAUCACUGCUUCAGCUCACAGACCACGACCCAAACCCCACUGUUAGAGUCAAAGCCCUCUACGCCGUCUCCUGUUUGGUGCGGGAACUGGAAGCAGGUCUCCAGGACUUCCUGUCUCAAGACGGCUUCUCUGUGCUGAUGAGGGGCAUGCAGUCAGACAAUGAGAAGCUCAGGACAAAGUCAGCCUUCCUUCUGCUGAACCUACUCUCAGCCCACCCAGAACAAAGAGAAACAGUGCUCUCUAUGGGGAUGGUCCAGCAGUUAGUGUCAGUCAUCCGCUCUCCUCACAGUUCUUUCCAUGAGCAUGUGCUAGGAGCCCUCUGCUGCCUGGCCGAGGACAGCAAAGGUGUGGAGGACUGCAGGGCGCCCUCUCUUGGUCUGAAGGACUUGCUAACUCAGAGGGCCAAGGAGCUGCAGGGCAAAGAGGAGAGCCAGGAGGAGCUGGAGUUUUGUGAGCGGUUGCGAUCCAUCUGUUUCCAGAGGCAAAGCCCAGACGAUAAUGGGAUGGAUCGAUGAACGCUCAUUGGUCAGUCAGGACUCAAGCCAUACCAUCUCUGACCAGGAUCCAUAUGUUGUUUGUGUAAUGGACUUCAGUUAUCUCUCAAGAGGAUAAGACAUGCCAUAUAGAUCUGGACAUACUUGAGCGAAAAACCUGAACCACACCACCAGAGAGAUGAUAGAGCUGCUUCAAAGUUGGGCUGGUUAAGCCUUAAAGGGCCCAGAGGAAAUGGGCCAAAAACUGUUUUAAGAAGAUUGAAUGAAAUAAAUGACUGGUGAAAAAUAUGUAAUCUCACUUUCGGUUGGUAGAUACACCCACCAGGAACUAAUGCAUGUGAAACACAUGCAUGCACACUCCCCCAUACAAACCAAUGCUCGAACAGGCUCAUACACACACACACACACACACACACACACACAUCAGAUAAAUAUUUGUAUCUGUAUGAAAAGAUGUACAGUUUUAUUUUUGAAAAGGCAUACACAGUUGUCCGUGUUUCAGUUCACAGCUUUCAUUCUGACCUUUUUUUGUCACACUAUUAAAGGAAAGAACAGAA